AUGCUGUGUCCGGCGAAGGUGGAGGAGGCGGUGCUCAGGUGGCACGCGCACAACGCGGCCCGCUGCGAGGCGGCCGGCGGCGGCCAGCGCGCCGCGGAGGCGGCCAACGCCGAGGCCGGGCGCGUCGGCCGCCUCUGCGUGCAGCGAGCCCUUUCCAGCGAGCGCCUCUCCGAUUUAAAUCUGCGCGAAAGGGUCGACGAGGUGCGCUUCCAGCACUCGCAGCUCGACCUGAGCAAGCGCAAAUUGGAGGCCGAGCUGGCAACCCUGGCGGAGCUGAUCGAAAGGGUGCAGAUCGCGGCGGAGAAAUGCCACGAACCCUUGCAACUUUCCACGGACUGUUUGAAAAUUAGAGAGGGAAGAGAGAGCAGCGAAAAAGCGGCGGAUCCGGUGACGCGGAGCCUGGUGCUGGAGGAGGGAAAAAUCAGCAGCGCCCUGUCGAACCUGCGGAGGCUGCAACGCGACCUGAUCGAGCAGCAGCGGCUGCUCAGGAUCGCCGUCUACCAGGUCAACAAGGACACGAGCGGCAAGGAGGCCGCCCUGAGCGUCGACAAACGCUGCCUCCAACUCUCGGUCAAUUCGGAAAACCUCACUGACGAACUUUCGCUCAGCACAAACAAGAGCAGUUCGGAGGCUCAGUGGGCGUGGCACACGGAGCAAAACCUUUCUCAGGCUGACAACCAGGUGAAAAGGUCGAGAGAGAUGCGGUCACGCGCUGAAAUCCUCCUCAGAGCCGCCUGCGAGGACAUUUGCAAGGUUUUUCAGCGCACAAAUGACGCUUUUGAAAAGAGGAUCUUCGAGACGAAGCAGAGCAAACAAAAACUCGAGCACGAACUCGCUCAGACAACGCAGAAAAUAAUUGAGGUGAGGAGCAUCUUGGUCGAGCUCGAACAACCAAUCGCCGUGAACAAGGACCACAUGAAAUUGGCCGUGACAAGGCUGAACGAACGGGAGUUGAGACCUGGCGUUGAGAAAUGCAGUGACCAGGCCGAGCGGCAGCUGAAGAAGGAGUUGUCGCAGCUGCAAAGCGACUGCGACCGCCUGGAGAAGCAGCGCCAAAACUCGGUGGCGUCGCUGCAGGCCCUGCAACGCACGUGCCAGCUGCUGACGCAGGAGCUGGAGCUGAAGGCGCUUUCGCUGAUGCUGGACGAGGUGCGCUGCCUCACGCUCAGGGCCAGCCUCAAUGUGCACACCAUUUUCAUGCCUCAACACCCGAAAAUUGAAUAG